CAAUCCCGAACAAAUCUAUUGAAUCUUUUACCUGAAAAUCGAUCUCCUACGUAUUUAUACUUUUGGAGGUAGAUCGUAGAACACAUCACAAUCAACCUGCACCACGGACCACCGGCUAGUAUAACUGUAUAACGGGCUCUCGGUUCUGACGCCUCUGACGGGGGUAAACAAACACAUGAGAGUGGUGAGGUCCAGCCAUGUCGGCCGACUACUCGUCGCUGUGGCAACGUUACCUGUGGAGGAACUGGAAACUCCUUUUGCUGGCGACGGGGUUGGCUUUCGUGAUCCUUCAGGUCGAUUAUAUGAGCAAGCUCAUCUCUUCGUCACGCAGCACCGGUGACCCUUUGGUUGACACCAGUACUAAACACCGUCAGCAGUUGGCGGCUAAGAAGAUUCUGUCAAAAUGGGAUCAACAGCAGCAUUCAAAGCUCUUGACAGAUCCACAAGGCAACUCCAUAUCUCUGCGUGGGACUCGUUUGAAAGACGUUAUGAAGUAUUUUCCAAAUGCAAACGGAAAAUUCAAUUGCAUUAAUAACAAAGUAGAAAUUGAUUUUGUUAAGAUCAAUGAUGACUACUGUGAUUGUUUGGAGGAUGGUAGUGACGAGCCAGGAACCAAUGCUUGCAGCAACGGCAAAUUUUAUUGCGAAAUGACAUCAAAAACGUUUCCGUACAAAGUUCCUUCAUACCAAGUAAAUGAUGGUGUCUGUGAUUGCUGCGAUGGAAGUGAUGAGUGGAUGGAGGUAUUUGUUCCAGAUACAAGCAACAAAGAGCAUCUAACCUAUCGCUCAACAAAAUGUAAGAACCAAUGUUAAUUGGUUUGAAACUUACAUUAAAACUUUUACGACAAGCUGCAGUACCUGGUAACAGGAAAAGACUGAACAGAUUUUAAAUUAUUAGAUAAAAAAGAGCAACAACGAUUGAUGGUAUUAAAAAAAUGAACUACCUUAAGGUAGGUAAGUGCUUAAAAACCUGAGAACUUUUUAUAGAGUUGAAUAAUUUAAAAAUAUUUAUUUUAUAAAUAAGAGGAACAUAAACAACAUUUUGCAAGUGAAUAUUACACAUGUAUAUUAAAUAUUUAACUUUUUUUAUAACA